AUGACUUUGGAGUACUCGGAAAAGAGGAGAAGGACAUCAGUCUCAGUCUACAAAGCGCUCCUCGAGCCUAAACCUCCCCAACCUUUGAACCCGGGUACGAACGAUCACCGAUCUGUCCGAAUCAAUCAGUAUUUCCAUCAUUGCUUACGUGAGAUCACAUCCAGUCCAGGAAAGCGACCUCAAGGCCUUCCUUCAGGAAUCCAGGGGUCAAUUUCGACGGCUCUCCUCUCUUCUGGAGACGUCGGCCAGACCAUCAACUUCCCCAACCUUCUAAUCAAACUCUGUCUUAAGGUUUGGAAGCAGCCCAUACAAGACGGUCACGUAGUGGACGUUUUGUAUGGGUCUCGAUACACACCGGAAGCAAAAUGCAACAUCAUCGUGAAGCAAGAACCCCACACUCCCCUAAUGGAUCCGAGGGAACAUCUCUUACGUCUUCUUCCGAGGGAACUCGCCGUUCAUAACUACCUCCAGACCGCUAGUCAAGACACAAUGUUAUUGCGAAGCAGUUGGUCCCAAGACGCACUCAAUCUCAGGAAAAAUUGCGAUCAAUUCUUGCUCAUGGGGUGA